AUGUCGUCGGCUACUCAAAACGCUCAGGCUGGAAGGGCCAUAGCGUCCUUCAUCUUCUUACCCGACAUCAAAUCCUCAGGACGCAAGCUUCUGUACGAAAUCGAACAAGCAACGAAGCCAUAUACGUUGGCAAGCAUUAUGGGGCAGGCGAGAUACGUCAUGUGCGACCUACCGUUUUAUGAUACUCGGGAGACAGCUGGCACAGACCAAAGCGCAGUCUAUGACCCUGCUAUUAAACGUCGCUGGUACUUGACUGACGACCCUAUCGGGGCCGACGACACGGCAACUGCGAGCCAAUGGAAGGACCUUAGUAUUUGUAUCAACGAGAUCAAGACUAUAGUCUUCAGAGAGGCUACGAUAGUCGGUCGAGAAAACGUCUUCCUUGUGGGGUUUGGAAUAGGAUUCGCGGUUGCGACGGCGUUUCUCUUUCAAUCGGAAGAGCGCAUUGGGGGGCUUUUGGGUGUUCACCCCGUGAUGCCGUUUCACAUUGAUCUGAAAUACAUUGCGAUAGAUGGACAGACAAAGGCAGUGGAGAACGCUCGGUCGAAGAUGCCUAAUAAGGAUGAAAGCAGCUCUGAACAGGAUGAAGCCAACUCUGAAGCCUCGGCUGCAACUGUUGAUGUCGAUCGCGGCAAUGAACAGACUCACGAAGCGAGACGCGCGCGAUUGAUGGGAUUCCUCACAUAUCUUACUACUCGGUGGGAAGCGCCUACCCACAAGAGAUACAUCGAUCGUACAGACGCUUCUACACCCGUGGUAUUAAUCCAUGGCUUGGACGAUGAGCAAAUUCACUUUAAGCAUGCGAAACACUCCGUGGCGAUGUUUUGGCAUCUUGGUUACACGGCUAAACUGAAGAUCAUGGAUGGAGAGGGCCACAAGCUGACUCGGAACAUGAUUGGAGAGCUUUUUAACAGGUUUAUGAUGCAAAACUUGGGGAAUGAAGCGGUGAGGGCACAUCUUGGCGGGCUACUUUGGGAGGGAAUUUUCGAACGUUGGUGCAAUGAAUGUUAG